GGAAGCGUGCUUUCACGCCCUCGGUUCCGGUUUGACGGGGGGUCCUGUGCGGCGCAGAGCAUGUAUUGGUGCGCGUGCGCGCUGCUGUUCACUGGGGUUUGCUCGGUGUUUUCUCCGGUUCCGGAACAGCUCAGUUUAAGCGGGACGUGGACGCUGUCCGGCCAGGAUGGAGCCCUGGUUCUGCCCGCGGUGGUACCGGGCUGCGUGCACUCUGCCCUGCGGCGGGAAGGACUCAUCCAGGAUCCUUAUUUCAGGUUUAACGACGUGUCGUACCGUUGGAUUGCUCUGGAAAACUGGACGUACUCGACCACGUUUGCGGCGUCUGCCCACCUCAGGAGCAGACAGGAAGUGGAGCUUAUCUUUGACGGCGUGGACACUGUGGCAUCAAUAACCCUAAAUGGGAACUUAGUUGGGAAAACGGACAACAUGUUCCGUAGAUAUGACUUCUCCGUUCGGGAGCUACUGAAGGAAGCGGACAAUCUGCUGCAGGUCCAGUUCCUGUCUCCGGUGGUGUACGCCUCUGAGCGCAGCAAAGCACAUCAGUCCUACAGAGUCCCUCCUCAGUGUCCUCCAGACGUUCAGAAGGGUGAAUGUCACGUAAACUUCAUCCGAAAGGAGCAGAGCUCGUUCAGCUGGGAUUGGGGGCCUUCCUUUCCCACCAUGGGGCUGUGGAGAGACGUACGGCUGGAGGGGUUUGAUGCUCUGCAGCUUCAACAGCUCUCAUACCUUCCUCUGUACAAUGGGAGCGGGUCUCAGUGGGGGCUGCAGGUGGAGCUCCUCAUUGAUGCGGUUCGGACCACGGGGGUUCAGGUCACCUUUUCCAUCUCAGAGCUGGGUUUGGAGCAGGUCUUCCAGACCCAGUUCCUUCCAGGGAGGACUAAGAGAACGUUCACUUUUAACAUCGAGAAGAGCAGCAGAGUGAAGCUCUGGUGGCCAAGUGGACACGGGGACCAGCCCUUCCAUUUGCUCUCUGUCAGAGUGUUUGUGGAUGGAUCCUUGAUGCUGGACAGAGAGGUUAAGGUCUAUUUUCGCACCGUGGAGCUCAUCCAGGAGCCCAUCCCUGGAUCUCCAGGCUUAAGCUUUUACUUUCAAAUCAACGGGAAGCCAAUUUUCCUGAAAGGCUCCAACUGGAUCCCAGCGCACGCCUUCCAGGACCAAGUUACCCCUGCUGUCCUGAAGAACCUGCUCCGGUCGGCGGUGGAUGCAAACAUGAAUGCUCUCCGGGUCUGGGGGGGCGGUGUGUAUGAACAGGAUCUGUUCUAUGACAUGUGCGAUGACAUGGGGAUCAUGGUCUGGCAGGACUUCAUGUUUGCCUGCGCCAUGUACCCCACUGAGGCUGACUUUAUCCAGACGGUCAGAGAGGAGGCCGUCCAGCAGGUUGGGCGUCUGAAGUCUCACCCUUCCAUCAUAAUUUGGAGCGGCAACAAUGAAAACGAAGCUGCUUUGGCAACAAACUGGUUCAACAUAUCCGCCUCCCAGCGGCCAGUGUACGUCAAAGACUACGUGACGCUUUACGUGGACAACAUCCGGAAGAUUGUACAGAAGGAGGACCCCAGCCGUCCCUUUCUCGUCUCCAGCCCCACGAACGGGGUGGAGUCAGAGCAGGAGGGGUGGGUGGCUGCAGACCCGUACAACCCUCACUACGGAGACGUCCAUUUCUACAGCUACCUGUCAGACUGCUGGGACUGGACCACAUUCCCUCGGACCCGCUUCGCCUCUGAAUACGGCUUCCAGUCCUGGCCUUCGUUUUCCACCCUGCAGCCUGUUUCUGUUGGAGAGGACUGGAGUUUUGACAGUCGCUUCACGUCGCACCGUCAGCACCACCAGAGCGGCAACCAGCAAAUGCUGGAACAGGCGGCGCUGCACUUUCACCUCCCGAACGCCACUGACCUUCUGAGGAGAUUCACCCAAACCCUCUACAUCACUCAGGUCAUGCAAGCACAGUGCGUGAAGGCUCAGACGGAGUUUUACCGGAGCAGCCGCAGCCAAGUUGUGGGGGGCAAAGGUCACACUAUGGGCGCCCUCUACUGGCAGCUGAACGACAUCUGGCCGGCGCCGUCCUGGUCGUCUUUGGAGUUCGGAGGGAAGUGGAAGAUGCUGCAUUACUUUGCGAGGAGCUUCUUCGCCCCCCUUCUUCCCGUUUCCGUGGAGGACGACGGCGCCCUGAUCAUCUAUGCGGUCUCGGACCUGAGCGCUGACCUGAAGCUCAGAGCAGUGGUGACCGUGCACUCCUGGGCUUAUCUGGAUCCAGUCUGCAGCAGGACUUCGGACCUGCGGGUUGUUCCUGGAGGCAGCGCUGCGGUGCUCUACAGGCAGCCCGUCGCGACCCUGCUGGCAGGGUGCGGGCGCUGCACCCGCCUCACCUGCCUGCUGACCUUUCACCUGGAAGACAGCGCUGGCAUCCAGCAGGGCUCAAACAACUACCACUUCUUGUCCUCCCCCAGGGAGGCCGAGGGGCUGCAGAGAGCCAACAUCACGGUGAAGGUGCAGCAGGAUGGUGGCGGCUUGACCGUGACCCUCCAGUCCUCCUCCAUAGCAGCUUUUGUGUGGCUGGACGUGGGAAACAUCCCGGGCCGCUUCACCGCCAACGGCUUCUUGAUGCUUUCCAGGAACAAGACUGUUGGCUUUGAGCCGUGGCGCCCCACCAGUGCCGCAGAACUGUCACGGUCCCUGACCGUCACCACUCUGAGAGACGUUUACUGACCAGGCACUCGUGGGGGAGCGGGGUGUUGCCCUGAACCAGAAUGCUGGUGGAAGUUUUGAGCGGGACUCCGAAAUGUGCCAGAGGUGUUGGAGGUGUGCUCUCUGAGUGGCUUUCUUCUCUCAUCUGUUCACCUAAACUUGAGUCACAAAGGAAGUGGGUUCAGUAUUAACCUUUGACCUUGAUGGUACACCAUGCUCUCUGACAGAUGAUCACACUUUCACAAUCAGUUUCAGCUCAUCUGAAACACAGCAGUGAUCCUUCAUUCCUUUGAAUGAACAUUUGAAGAAAGAAACCUGUGAUGAAGAAUGAUUAAAGUGCAUUUAAGAUGGAAACAGAAGAUUUGAUUUUUGCAGCUUCAGGCUUGAGUCUGCUAUGCAAUGACAUGAUUCUGCAGAUGAAUGCUGCUGGUUUUUAUGUCAGAUGUGUCUUUGAAUGUCUGGUUAUGGUCAUUCCAAUGUCACUUAUAUGAUUGUAUUCUAAUGACAGACUUUUUUUUCUCCCAAAGUGCUACAUCAGGGUUACAUUUUUACCACAAAAUCCAUUAAUUUGUGUCAAAGAAUGAGAGAACUCAGACAAAAAUCACGUUCAACUGAAUUUAUACUGUUUAACAAAAGAUUUCCUUUUUAUUAAUACUAUUAGUGAAAUUUAUUACUAAUAAAUUUAAUGGAUACA